GAAGAGCCUGACUGUCGGUGCAUGCGCUGCCCCAGGCUCCCGGUCCCCGAGUCCCUUCGCCACCCCAUGGUCCCGCUGACAUGUCCGCUCCUUGGUGGGCUCCUGAUCCGGCCCGCUCCCCGCCGUGCCCCGACAUCCCCAUGGUUCCCCCGCCCUCCCCCCGUCCUGGGCCCGUCUCCCACGUUCUCUCCCUCCUGGGCCCCCACUUUCCUAUGGUCGCCCUGACCACAUCCCCACCUGCGUCCCCACUGCCUCUUGUGCUCCCACAUCCUCAUGGUCACCCUGACCACGUCCUCUUCUAUGCCCUCACAACUCUUGGCCCCCUUCCCUCAUCCCUUUCCCUCCUGUGCCCCCAUGCCCACCCCUACCCAUCCCUAUGUGCUCCUACCUUCACACUCCCUUACCUUCCUUUUCCAUGAACCCCCUCCCCGGAUUCCCUUCUUCCUGUGUCCCCAUGCCUCUUUGCCACUCUGCUCUCCCUCACUCUCAUGUCCCUACAGCAUCUUGUCCCCUUCCCCACAUCCCCUCCCUCCCAUGCCCCUUGUCCCCCCUGCCAUGCCCAUUGUCCCCUCUCCCCGCUUCCCAUGGUGCCGUGCCUCUUGCCCCUCUCUUCCACUCACCCCUCCCCAGACCCCCUUUGACUUCUUUGUCCCCCCACCCCCAGAGCGAGUCAUAGCCCCCAAAAAGGCCCGAGCCGUCCAGCAGCGGAAACUAAAAAAGGACCUGGAGGGUGGUAUCCGAAAGAAAAUUGAACACGAUGCUGUGAUGAAAGCCAAUAACAGCUUGCCCAAGAAACUGGCCCUUCUAAAGUCCCCAGACAAGGGGACCAAGAAAAAGGAAGGUGGUGGCAAGCAUUAAUCCAGGCAGGCAACAAGGGAAAAAUGGGGAGGCCCUUCAUCCCAGACCUCACUUGACUGCUUGACCCUGUGGCCCUGAAAUCUCUUGAUACCCCGGUAUGUUUGUGGAUACAUAAGUGGUGACAGCUGCCUUAGGAAAGAAGAAAUAGGCUUCUCCUCAGUCAAGAAUAGCCCUGUUAUCUGUCCUCCUUUUCACCACAAUCACGUAGGCCUCAGUUUGACUAAAAUAGCCUCUUCUCAAGCCUGCAACUUCUCAGAUCCCCUGAAGAAGACAAUGGGACUUCUCAAGAAUAGAGGAUGCCUUCCUGGUUGGCAGGAGGCUGCGGGGAUCUUCAACAGCUCCAGGAGUCACUUCAGCCCAAUUUGUCUUCUCAUUUCUCCUUCCUUGUACCCGCCCUGAGCCCCACAUCCUGUCUAAUAUGAAGCAAUAAAAAAGAAACAGUUGCUCUCCA